AUGCCUUCCCUGCACCAUGGAGCCAUCUUCAUCGGAUCCUUUCUCAUUGUCACCGGGGGCUCCACAGCCUUCCUGGCCUCGUCCCAAAGCCGCCUGCAGGCGUUUUCGCUCUGCUGUGUGGUGCUGGGGGUGGUGAUGCUCAUUUUAGGACUCUUCUGGGCCAUGAACAGCAAAACCACUGCCAACUACAACCACCAGGAGUUCGACCCUGACUGCCCGCAUUAUCCUUACAAUGACUACCCCAACUUCAGCAGCCAUGCCCUUUUCACUCCCCCGGGGAGCCGUUUCCCGGAGUCCCAGUCUGCCUUUCUGCCACGGCCUCAUGAGCGUCACCGGCACGCGGGACGUGGAGAGGACUUUGACUAUCCUCCCAUGGAACCUUGUGGCUUCAGCCCGACACCUCACCCGCCUCCAUGGCUCGGACCCCCUCCUCCAUACGAAGUGGCCAUCAAGACCACAUGCAGCUCCACACAGCUGCGGCGGGCGUACUCAGACACUCAUUUGGCUUCUGAGCCUCUUUUUGGACAAUCCAGGGAAAUCAGCUUUGAGGUGUGACCAGCCGCCACGCUGGCUGACAUAAGAGACACACACAAUUAUGCCCAGGUGGAUUUAUCGCAUGGCAUGUAUAACAAAAUGUUUUUCAAUUCCCAAGAAUCUUUCGUCUUUAACUAAGCGUUCACAGGAUCAAAAGACCCCAAUGUGUUCAUACAAUCGAAGGCCACCAUGAGAUCAUAUGAGUGAAGACAAAAUCAGAUCAAGGAAAGACUUGGAUAACAACAAGCACCUGCUUUUAAGUAAGCACAACAUGAAACACUCGUAGAGUGACA